CCUUCCGCCGGCGGGGGGCGGGGCCCCAGGCGGAGGUGUUUACGCGAUUUGGGGUCGGGGCGCCGCGACCCUCGCGAGGGAGGCCGUUUCCUUGAUGCUGUCUUAGUUAACAAUGGCAAAGCCACCAAGUAAAGAUCCUGGGCUAAAGGAGAAGUUUAAGAGCCUCCUAGGACUGUCAUCCAGGCCCAAUUCUAAGUCAUCUGAAGGAAAACAGACAGAAUUCAUCAUCACUGCAGAAAUACUCAAGGAACUGAGCAUAGAAUGUGGCUUAAACAAUCGGAUAAAAGCAAUCGGACAAAUCUGUGAGGUGGCAAAAACUAAAAAGUUUGAAGAGCAUGCAGUGGAAGCUAUUUGGAAAGCGGUAGCUGAUAUGCUGCAGCCAGAUCGACCACCCGAGGCACGGCAUGCUGUCCUCCAUCUGCUGCAGGCAAUUAUUCUGGGACAGGGUGAAAGGCUGGGGAUUCUCCGAGCUCAUUUUUUUAGAGUGAUUAAAGAUUAUCCGUCUAAUGAAGACCUACAUGAGCGGCUUGAGGUAUUCAAGGCACUGACUGAUAACGGAAAACACAUAACGUACUUGGAAGAGGAACUAGCUGAAUUUGUUCUUCAGUGGAUGAAAGUUGGUUUGACUUCAGAGUUUCUGUUGGUGUUGAUCAACUUAGUGAAAUUCAACAGCUGUUACUUGGAUGACUACAUUGCUGGCAUGGUCUACAUGAUUUGUGCCUUGUGCAUUCAGACCUCUUCUGCAGUUGACAUUAAGGUUUCCCUGCAGGUGUUGGAUGCUGUGGUGUGUUAUAAUUGCCUGCCUUCUGAAAUCCUCCCGAUGUUCAUCAUCACCUUGUGCUGGACCAUCAACGUGAAGGAGCUCUGUGAGCCCUGCUGGAAGCUCAUGCGGAAUCUGUUGGGAACUCACCUGGGUCAUAGUGCCAUUUAUAACAUGUGUCGGAUCAUGGAGGAUAGGACUUACAUGGCAGAUGCUGUCCUCCUGAGGGGAGCUGUCUUCUUUGUGGGGAUGGCCUUGUGGGGAGCACACAGACUGCAGUCUCUCAAAAAUUCACCAACAUCCGUGCUGCCAUCUUUCCUGAAGGCCAUGUCAGCCCCCAAUGCCAUCGUGUCUUACGAAAUCGUUCUCUCCAUAACAAGGCUGAUCAAGAAGUAUGGCAAGGACCUCCAGGCAGUCACUUGGGACGUCCUUUUGGAUAUCAUGCAGCGGCUGGUCGAGCAGCUGCAGACUUUGGAAAGCCAGGAGCUGAAAUCCAUUGUCCACGAUUUGUUGACUACAGUUGAGGAGCUGUGUGACCAGAACGACUUCCACGGCUCCAAAGAGAGAUACUUCGAACUUGUGGAGCGAUGUGCUGACCGAAGGCCUGAAUCUUCGGUUCUGAACCUCAUAACCUACCGAGCUCAGUCCAUCCACCCUGCAAAGGACGGCUGGAUUCAAAACCUCCAGGCACUAAUGGACAGGUUCUUCAGAAAUGAGAGUCGGAGUGCUGUUCGCAUAAAGGUUUUGCACGUCCUGUCUUUCGUGCUGAGUGUCAACAGGCAGCUUUAUGAGGAGGAAUUGAUCAAUCUGGUCAUCUCCCAACUGUCUCAUGUCCCAGAAGAUAAAGACCACCAAGUUCGCAAACUGGCCACCCAGUUGCUGGUGGACUUGGCCGAGGGUUGCAAUACCCAUCACUUCAGCAGCUUGCUGGAUAUCAUAGAGAAGGUGGCUUCCCACUCUUUGCUGCCUCCUGCUGACCUGGAAGAAAGAGACCUGCUCUCUUACUCGGCCUCCUUAGAAGACGUGAAGACGGCAGUCGUUGGCUUACUUGUCAUUUUCCAGACCAAGUUGUACAGCUUGCCUGCCAGUCACGCCAUGCGGGUCUACGAGAUGCUCGCCCAUCACCUUCAGCUCCACUACAAGCACAAGUACAGCCUCCCCAUUGCUAGCAGCAUCCGCCUGCAGGUAUUUGACUUCUUGCUCUCACUGCGUGCUGAUGCUCUUCUCCACCGCCUGGGCCUCCCCACCAAAGACGGCCUUGUGAGAUUCAGCCCCUACUGCCUCUGCGAUGCGGUGGAGCCCGAGAAAAAGCUUGCCGGCACUCUGUCCCCUCCCUCGGGAAGUCCAAGUGGCCCCACUCAGAACGCCCCCAUCCGCACAGGCCACCUGUCUUACUCGCUCCUCUUUGGAGUUCUCCUGCAGUGCUUGAAGCAAGAGACAGACUGGAAGGUGCUGAAGCAGGUCCUGAACAAGCUGCCCAAAUCCCUGCAGUAUAAAGUCCUGUACUUAACCUCCCCUUGCAGUAUCGAUCAGCUGUCUUCUGCCCUGUGCUCCAUGCUCACCGAUAAAAAGAUGACGGAGCGGCUGAGGGAUGUCUCGGAAGGGCUGUCCCGGAACGACUUGCACCAGGCGGUGGUUCCGGUCUUGACUGCUUUGAUCUCCUAUCACAGCUACCUGGACAAGACAAAGCAGCGAGAGAUGGUUUACUGCCUGGAGCAUGGGCUGAUCUUCCGCUGCGCCAGCCAGUGUGUGGUGGCAUUGUCGAUCUGCAGCGUUGAGAUGCCGGAUAUUAUCAUCAAAGCUUUGCCAGUCCUGAUAGUUAAGUUGACGCAUAUUUCAGCCACAGCCAACAUGGCCAUCCCUCUCUUGGAAUUCCUUUCAACCCUGGCCCGCCUGCCUCAUCUCUACAGGAAUUUUGCAGCGGAGCAGUACGCCAGUGUAUUUGCCAUCUCUCUGCCCUAUACAAACCCCUCCAAGUUUAACCAGUAUAUUGUAUGCCUGGCGCAUCAUGUCAUAGCCAUGUGGUUUAUCAAAUGCCGUCUCCCCUUUCGGAAAGACUUUGUUCCCUAUAUCACUAAGGGCUUGCGGUCGAACAUCCUCCUCUCCUUCGAUGACACCCCAGAGAAAGACAGUUUCCGAGCUCGGAGUACCAGUCUGAAUGAGAGACCCAAGAAUAGCUUUAAAGUAGGCAAAAAUGCCAGGCCAAACUUGAACCAGUCUCCUCCCGUGAGAGCCCUGAAGGAUCCCUCGGCCGUUGAUGCCUUCCGCUCCCGCAGCAUCAGUGUGUCUGACCAUGCAGCCCACAGCCGGAUACAAACCUCCAUCACCAGUUCCAGCCUGGGCUCUGCCGAUGAGAACUCCAUGGCUCAGGCAGACGACAACCUGAAGACCCUCCACUUGGAGCUCACAGAGACCUGCCUCGACAUGAUGGCCCGAUAUGUCUUUUCCAACUUCACAGCUGUGCCCAAAAGGUCUCCAGUGGGUGAGUUCCUCUUGGCUGGAGGGAGAACCAAGACAUGGCUAGUGGGUAACAAGCUUGUUACAAUCACUACAAGCGUUGGAACAGGAACCAGGUCCCUCCUGGGCCUUGACCAUGGAGAGCUCCAUAGUGGUGCAGAAUCCAGUUCAGAUCACAGCUUGCAAGUGAGACAGUCAAAGGAAGCCCCGGCAAAACUUGAAUCUCAGGCUGGCCCGCAGGUGGUUCGAACCCGCAACCGAGUCAGGUCCAUGUCAGGAGGCCAUGCUUUGCGGGUUGGUGCUCUGGACAGCUCUGCCUCUCACUUCUCAGCCAGCACGGGGCCUCAGCCGCCUCCAAGCUCUCCUGUUCCUGCUCCCCAAACCGAGAAGGCUAACCUGGCUGCUUAUGUCCCCCUCCUGACUCAAGGCUGGGCAGAAAUAUCAGUGCGGAGGCCAACAGGUAACACCAGCUGGCUGAUGAGCCUGGAAAAUCCGCUGAGCCCCUUCUCUUCAGAUAUCAACAACAUGCCCCUGCAGGAACUGUCCAAUGCCCUGAUGGCAGCCGAGCGUUUCAAGGAGCAUCGUGAGACAGCCCUGUACAAGUCCCUCUCGGUCCCCUCCUCGAGCUUGUCCACGGGAACAGCCAAGCCGUCUCUCCUGCAGCGCUCCAACACAGAAUCUGCAGUUGUACCAGAAGAAGGAAGCCCCCCAGAUGAAGAUCGAAAAGGAGUGGAAUUCCACCCUGAAUCUCAAGAGAUUGAAGACUUUGAACCCACGUGUUUGGGGCAAGGGCUGGAGGAAGAGAGAUUAGGCCGAGGAGCCUAUUGUCGGUCAUCAUCGACUUCCAGCCAAGAGGAGAAGGCUCCCAAAGCAGAAGAUCUGGCCGCCAUUGGCAUUCCGAUCGAAAGGGCCAGGAACCUGGAAGACAGCCGGGCCUUCGAAGCCCUCUCUUUCCAGCCUUCCCAGACCCUCAGCAAGUCCAGCUCCUCCCCAGAGCUCCAGACACUUCAGGAAGUCCUCAAGGAUCCAGGUGGCGAAGAGUCGGCCCAGAAACUCAGCAGCGAAGGCAAAUCCAAGUCUCAGUCUGGGCACCUGGAAGGAGAGGCCGCCGGGGGCUGGCUGGCGAAGGGGGAAGACGACCAGGACCCUGGAGGGAUGAGGCUGGCUGCGGCGGCCCCUGCCUCUUCUCCCCACUCCCCAACCGGCCACCGGCCGCGGGGAUACACCAUCUCUGACUCGGCCCCCUCCAGGAGGGGCAAAAGGGUCGAGAGGGACCUCUUUAAGGGAAGAGCAGCAGCUGCCUCCAACGCAGGGAAAGUUCCAGGCAUCAACCCAAGCUUUGUGUUCCUGCAGUUGUAUCAUUCUCCGUUCUUUGGUGAUGAAUCCAACAAGCCCCUUUUAUUGCCAAAUGAGACCUUUGAGAACUCCAUUCAACUUCUAGAUCAGAUCCCUCCAUAUGACACUCACAAGAUUGCCGUCUUGUAUGUUGGAGAAGGACAGAGCAGCAACGAGCUCGCCAUUCUGUCCAAUGAGCAUGGCUCCUACAGGUACACAGAGUUCCUGACUGGCCUGGGCAAACUCAUUGAGCUCAAGGACUGCCAGCCAGACAAGGUUUAUCUGGGCGGUCUGGACGUGUGUGGAGAGGACGGGCAGUUCACCUACUGCUGGCACGACGACAUCAUGCAAGCUAUUUUCCACAUUGCCACUUUGAUGCCCACCAAAGAUUUGGAUAAAAAUUGCUGUGACAAGAAACGACAUUUGGGGAAUGAUUUUGUUUCCAUAAUUUACAAUGAUUCCGGGGAAGACUUCAAACUGGGCACCAUCAAGGGCCAAUUCAACUUUGUUCAUGUCAUCAUCAAACCGCUGGAUUAUAACUGCAACCUGCUUACUCUACAGUGCCGUAAAGAUAUGGAGGGGCUCAUUGACACAAGUGUGGUGAAGAUUGUCUCAGACAAAAACCUUUCAUUUGUUGCCCGACAGAUGGCGUUGCAUGCCAAUAUGGCGUCUCUGGUCCAUCACAGCCGCUCCAACCCCACUGACACCUAUCCCUCGAAGUGGAUUGCUCGGCUGCGCCACAUCAAGCGGCUCCGGCACAGGAUCCGAGAAGAAACCCAGUUCCAAGAGGCCGGUUUCCCCACCGUGCAUCCUCCAGUCCCUACGAAAGCCUCCACCCGGGUCCCCCAGGACCCGGCCCCCACCUACGAAACUGGACAGAGGAAGCGCUUGAUCUCCUCCGUGGACGACUUCACAGAGUUCGUGUAGGGCAAAGGUUGCCCUGCCACAACCUCUCUGGCGCAAAGCAGCUCCAGCCUCCAGCUGCAGUCAUUUCGGCCUCUUCUCAGCCCAUGAAUUGAGAUUGCAGCUUUGUGCUGCCUUGAAGGCUGCUGGCCUGACACACAACUUUUGUGGGUUUUUCUAACCACCAGUUCUGUAAUCAAGCUUUUUAAAGUGAAUGAAGGCACAGCUCAGAUUUAUGGUUUGUUUGAAAUGGCAGAAGGAAAAUCAGCAACCUGACAUUAAUGUCCCCCAAGGCCUCUAAUCUCCCGGUAGAGUUCCAUGAAAUGUGCCUGUGGUGUUACUUCCACCUGUUGGGGAGAGUUUGGUCUUGCAGGAGCUGGGGAGCCCUUGGUCUUCAGAGGAAAGCCAAUAUGAAAAUGAAAUGAAAUGAAAAUAAAUGAAAUAGGGUAAAUGUGGGUGGUUCAUUAUUGAAGCCGAGCUUCGGGAGGCAUUUGGGGCUGAUCACGUUUGCUUAAAUCUGUCCCAAGUGUUGAGAGUAAAACGUGCAUUGAAUUUAGUGUUUUCUGCGGGAGCCAGCAGCUCCCUUUUAACAGGCUAUGAGGCCAGCAGGAAAUGUAAGCGUUUUCCUGAAGCAAGAAUGUCUGUCUCUCUCUCGAGUUCAGCGGUCAGAGGCCCUUCUCUGGUUCAGACUGCCUUGGGUAUUCAUAUAAAAGUAGGAAAAGGUCUGAUGCUUUUUCCCAAAGGGGGGAGAUUUGGGGGCAAUAAAACCUCAUUCUGCUGUA